GAAAAACAAGUAACUCAGAGUCUCUGCACAGGAAGCGUAUUGUGGGUCAUUGUUCCAGAGCACAGACGAAUAAUACACCGCUGUGCUCCUGUUAUCUCUCUGGCACUCUGCUCCCACCGCAACAGCCUCCAUCACCAGCUGAAGGUAAGGGAGACUCCCCAACGGUGAGCCGGCCUCGGAGCGCGUCCUUGGAUAACUUCCUCUGAAAAGGUAGAACAAGCCGCAGCAAAAAUGGGAUGCUUUGGAUUCCUCAAAGUCAUGAUGUUUGUCUUCAAUGGCAUUAUCUUUUUGGCGGGUGCUGCCAUCCUGGGCGUUGGGAUCUGGGUGAAGGUGGACAGCGGCUCCAUCCUCAGCUUCCUCGGGAAAAUUGAAAACGCACCGACAGAGCUCAGUCAGGUGCUCAACGUGGGCUACCUGCUGAUUGCAAUCGGAGCGCUCCUGCUCAUCAUCGGCUUCCUGGGCUGCUGUGGAGCCGUCAGAGAGAGCACGUGUAUGCUGCUGCUGUUCUUCAUCAUAGUCCUGGUGGUCUUCAUAGCGGAGGUUGCAGGAGCUGUGGUGAUCUUGGUAUUCAGACCCUUGGCAGACGAGUUGUUUACCAAGUUUGGCGCAGCUGCAGUUCAGAACAUCAGGAAGGACUACGGGAAGAAUCCUGACGUCACGGGACUGUGGAAUACUACAAUGAGCUCGUUAAAAUGUUGUGGAUUCUACAACUCCUCAGACUUCGUGGACUCUCCAUAUUAUGUGGACCACGGCAAGCAAUACCCACCACAGUGCUGCCCAGGCAUUGACAGCCCAUGUAACCAAACGGUGGCUGACAGUGUCAUGACAAUUACUGGGUGCUUCCCAAAGAUCAAGAAGCUGAUUGAAGACAACACAGUGGUCAUUGUGGCAGUUGCCCUGGGAAUUGCAGUUCUGGAGAUAUGUGCCAUGGCUGUUUCCAUGAGCCUUUUCUGCAGAAUAAAAUCCAGGGGGGACUAACUGCAAACGGUGAAGGCCUUGGAAGGAUCAUUUUAAUCACUGGGGUCUUUCUACUUCCUCUGUUGCCUCUAGAAGAGCGAAGGGCUAUGCCUUUAUUUAGCAAAAAAAAUGCCUCGUCAUUAAAGGCAGUUAAUGUCAUAUCUCGGGCAAUCAGAAUUACUGAAUGACAUAACAAAUCUAUUUUUACUACGUUUAAAUCUAUCUAACAGAUGCCGCGUAUGAAUGUAAAUUAUUUCUUAAGAACACUUCACUUUGUAAAACGAGCUACACACUGCCUACUUCACCAGAGACCUUUUAAAAUCCGCUAUUACCUGUAACACAUGGCCAGUCAAUGAGGAAUCACAUAAUACCUGCGUCCAAUGUGAUAAUGAAACAAAGGCUGGUAUGUUGGGCAUGUUGUUGCCAUGACGCAGCAUGUAAAAUAGCAACAGAUGUGAUGCAAGAUUUCUAUGUAUGUUGUAUGCUGAUCAAUUUUGAAAUAAAGUGAAAAGUAUUUCCAGA